AUGAUCUACUCCAGGGACAACCAGAUUAGCCUUUGUAAAAAGUUGCAUGACAUGUUCACCAAGAUCAGAGAUGGCACUUUUGACCCUGACGCAACACGCGUCAGUCGCUUGUUUCAGCUGGCAUAUGCGACAAUGUUGGAAAGCAAUGGCGAUGAGAGCUCCAGCAAUUCAAGCUCUACGUCUGAUGCUUCAUCGGUGGCUUCCUCAGAGGGUGAGCACAACGUCGUGGCACAAAGACCAGCGUAUCAACGACUGGAGACUGACGAAGUGGAGCUGAGUCUGAAUGCAACCAUGGAUGACCUCAAUGCAACGGAAGCAGUGAUCUGUGCCAACUGUUCUCACGCUUACAAGGCGUCAGAGAAUCAGUCAUGA